ACAGUACAGGAAAGCACAGUUGUGUACAGUUAUGUUAACCGUAAAAAACUACAAUGAGUUUUCCACAGCGCUUCGAGUCAUAUGCCGGAGCAGUAGGUGGCGGUAAUGCACCUUAAAGCUGGAUGUUAGCCGCCCUUAAAACGCAAAAAGAAUAAGAAGAUGUGUUUGGACUUUAUUUUUUUCCCCAGAAAGAAGACGGGAACAUGGUUGGUUUUAUUCUCUAUCUUCUGAUGAUCGAGAGCCAGAAUAAUGGACCACAGUACAGAUUAUUCACCUAAUAUAGCCCACAAAACAUUCUCUUUUGAAGAAAAUCAAGACACACGGCAAUCACUGUCUGUCUCCAUACCUGAGGUCCUCGAUCCACAAUAUGGCAUGUAUGUCUGGCCUUGUGCUGUGGUGCUGGCACAGUAUGUAUGGACACACAGAGAGGAGAUGAAGCAUAGGACAGUACUGGAGCUUGGUGCAGGUGUGAGUCUACCAGGUGUGGUGGCUGCAAAGUGUGGGGCAAAGGUAAUCUUGUCAGACAGUGCAGAGCUUCCACUUUGUCUUGAGAACUGCUGGCGAAGCUGUGCUGCCAACGGUUUGUCCAAUGUGCUGGUGUCAGGGUUAACUUGGGGCGAAAUCUCACCAGAUCUUUUCAUCCUCCCUUACUUGGACAUCAUCCUGGGAUCAGAUGUUUUCUACGAGCCAGAAGAUUUUGAGGAUGUUCUUGUGACCAUCGCUUUUCUUCUGAGAAAAAACCCAAAGGCCCAGUUUUGGACCACAUACCAGGAAAGAAGUGCUGACUGGUCCAUUGAAGGGUUGCUUCACAAAUGGAAACUGAGGUGUAUCGACAUUCAGUUGGAAACAUUUAACGCAGACAAAGCUGAGCUAGCUGGAUCUACACUGCCAGGUAGCCACACCAUAAAAAUGAUGAUAAUAACACAGGUGACAGAAGAGAAGCUGUAGACAAAAUGCAGCCCAAAGAGAUUUUCACACAGACUACCAUCAACUCUUUUGUUUGGGAUGUUGAUUAUCAUUUAUGCGUUAUUCAUUUUUGCCAGUCCGAGAAACACUGAGAUUUAUAGACAAGAUAGUCUAUAAAUUGAGCAGCAUGUUAUGUAAUUGGCUUGAGUAAUGUGAAGCAUUUGUGUUACCAUGAUGUUUGUCUAUGUGUAAUGAGGGCCUUUUAUUGUACUUUAUUUCUUCUAUUCUGUGCUUUGACAAAUAAACU